AUGUCUAUAUCGUCGUUUUUGAGAUCACUACAGUCACAUCUCUCACCUUCCAAGAAGAAACGUACGUCGCCUUCUCCAAUCUGUUCAAGAUGUCAGGAAUUUCUGGAUUCUUGCAACUUUCAACAACCUACUGGUUUACUUUCGUUCAAGACUCUUUCUAAGCUACCAACUCCUCCUGUUGUGGAAAAUUGCUUUUUAUGUUUAAAGCUCUUGGGUUCAUGUCUGGUUGAACUUGCAGAUCAAGCCAAUUAUAUUAAAGCUCUGAGACUCAGUCCUCAACAUGUUUUGGAUAAUUCAUCGCAGUGUAUGUUAAUGUCUCAUGACUUGGGUCGACAUACCAUUUCGAAAUCGAUUUCCUCUGGCUGGCUUCCUACUGAAGAGGAAGGUGAAGAAAUGAGCAGUAUGUCUCGAGACCUCGGGGUAUAUUCGCAAAAAAAACUCGCUGGCUUAGAGAGUUUUGUCUCAGUAGCUUCUUUCACAGGCUCUGAUGAGAGUCUGAAUCUUUCCAAACAAUGGUUACAAAACUGCAAUGAAAGCCAUGUUUCCUGCUCGAGCAAAGAUACCACGUACCCACGUUUUCUUCCUACUCGUCUCAUUGAUAUCGGAAUGGAAGAAUCAGCGAUCACUCCACGACUUUGUUUAAGAAAAGACGUUCCAAUUAAUUCAGUUUACUUGACUUUAAGUCAUUGUUGGGGGAAGACUAUGCCAAAAAUUACUCUUCUUCAGGCAAACAUCGAGUUUAUGCUUCGCGAGAUAAACUUUUCACAACUUUCGAAUGCCUUCCAAGACGCAUUAUGGGUAGUACGGAAAUUAGGAGGACGAUAUAUCUGGAUUGAUUCUUUAUGCAUCGUUCAAGAUUCCGAGACUGAUUGGUUAGUAGAAUCCGCCAGUAUGUGUGAUGUCUACUCGAAUAGUUACUGCAAUAUCUGUGCCACAGCUGCGAGAGAUGGUAGUGAAAGGAUGUUCCGUAAUAGAGAGCCAUUACAGGUACAGCAGGGUUGGUUUAAAACAGCUGGCGAUGAGGAAAAUUACUGUGUCAUUGACGAAGAUGAAUGGGAAAAUGAGGUGGAAAAUGGCAUGUUAUCCUCUAGGGCUUGGGUCUGCCAAGAACGCCUAUUGUCUAGACGAAAUCUUCACUUUGGCUCUAGACAAUUAUUUUGGGAAUGUCUAGAUCACGAGGCUUCUGAAACAUUUUCCAGAGGCAUUCCACAACAAGUCAUCGAAGGCCGAAAUGUAAAAUCCCGGGUCAAAGUACUUGUUAAUUGCAUCGACAAAUGUCAAUCAGGCAUGCCUUUCGAACUUGGACAAAUCUGGGAGAAAAUUGUAAAAUUGUAUAUGAAAAGUAAUCUAACUUUCAAAACGGACAGACUUGUUGCAAUCGGAGGAAUGGCGAACGCAGCAGCUCAACACAUAAGGGGGAAAUAUUUAGCGGGAGUAUGGGAAAAAGACCUGAUAUAUGGUAUUCUUUGGAACGCUCGAGAAUACCCAUCCAUUCUUUCCAAAUUUACCGAAGCUCCCCCAGAGAAGCAAGAAUAUACAGCCCCGAGCUGGUCUUGGGCCUCUUUUAAUGCAGAAAUAGAAUUUCCUCGAAGGGUCCACAGAAAUAGAAGAGAUGAGAGAUUUCCUCAGAUCUUAGAAACACAUCUGGAUCUAGCAAUUGAUAACCCAUUUGGGAAAGUAUGCGGUGGAUAUAUCAAGCUCAAGGGAGAUAUCACUUCCGCUACUUGUUCUCGCGCAGGAUUGUCCUGCUCACCACAUUAUCAUAGCGAUUUUGAGAUCUGCUUCGGACGAGAUGGCAAAGAAUGGAAAAACCCUGGCACAACACGCUUGGUUUGUGACUUUGAAGAUAUGACAGAAAUCGAGCGACGGGAAAUAUAUCUUCUGCCUGUCUAUAGCUUCACCUUGAGGUAUAGGGACUGGAAGGCUAGGGGUCUUAUACUGUUCCCAACAAAUAGAGCGAGAUGGGAAUUCCGCAGGUGUGGUAUAUUUGAGUAUGGUUGUAAUGAUGACCACGAGGAUUUUAUGUCUGAAUGUAGAUAUUUCAGCCGCAAGCAGAGAAUUGAAUCGCCCGAAUUUGGUCUACAAGAUGACGGAAAAUUUAUUAUCAAGAUCUUUUGA